AUGGCAGCAUCAGGAGCUCCUCCUACUUCAAUCUAUGCAUGGAAAUCAAACCAGUCAUACUGUUAUACUGGAAUUUCCUCAUUUUUUCUUCUUUUUCUUUUAGACAUUUUCGCGAACACUAUACACUUUAUUUCUUUAUUAAAGAAUCACAAAUACUUUGUUUUUUUUAGGUGUGAUUAUUUUGAUCUUUCAAAAGAAUUGGUUCCUUAUGAAAAAGCAUGGUCAUGGCAAAAAUUAAUAGUUAAGAAAAGACAAGUUUUGAUUGAAAAAAAUGAAGAUUUCGCCGAUACAUUACUUAUACUUCAACAUCAUCCUGUUUAUACAUUGGGUACAUCUAGUUCUGAGGAAUAUUUGAAAUUUGAUAUAAAGGAUGCUCCUUAUGAUAUUUAUCGGACUGAACGUGGCGGCGAGGUUACUUAUCAUGGACCUGGUCAGCUUGUUAUGUACCCUAUUAUCAAUCUUCGGUACCAUAAAACGGAUCUCCAUUGGUACCUAAGGGCACUUGAGGAGGUGGUCAUACGAGUACUAUCCUCAGCGUUCUCUAUUAAGGGUUCUCGAGUUGAGGGUUUAACUGGCACUUGGAUUUCAGAAGCUUGCUGCCAUAGGUAUUCGAGUCUCUCGCUGGAUUACAUAUCAUGGUCUAGCACUUAACGUUUCCACAGACCUUGGUCCUUUUCAGCAGAUAGUCCCAUGCGGCAUACAGGGUCGUCAGGUUGGAAGCGUUAAGUCACUUCUGGAGGAAUCAGUAUCACCCUCCAUGGAAGGCGGUGUUGGAGACAACCUUCUCUUGAAUGCUUGUGAACUUUUGGAUGCUGCUUAUGAUUCCUUACUUGCAGAAUUCUCAGAAGUUUUCGAGCUUUGCCUCCACCCUAGACCUGUCUCUGACUUGGACCUUCUGAAGGAAAAGUGUUAAGCUCACCAAAUUAGAAGAGAUCGUAUACUUCUAAUUUCUUGUAAUGCAGCAUAUUCUAGCUUUCUGCUGCAGGUGCAUUCUGGUCCUGCCUAGCUAGAUUUGAGAAGAAUCACAGCAAAUGUGAAGACAUUUCAAGAUAACUGCAUACAUUGCCAUUAACAUCGCUUGUGAAGAUUGUCAAGCAAGAAAUUUUGAUUUGAGAAACAAAUAAUUACCAAGUCAUAGUAAGCAAUUUAAUACCCACUAAUUGAAGAUGAUUAGUCACAAUUAGUGGUUCGAUGUUCUCCUCAGUCUUACGGUUUAGGUGUUAUACUUAAUUAAAGCAGUUUUAGACUUCUAGGGUGGUGAAAAGUGUGACUUCUUGAUGGGUUGUAGUUUUCUACCAUACUGUGUAUAAGUCAGACUGUAAAUGAUUCAUGAUAUUCAUGGGGCAUGGUGCAGAUUUUCUGAUGGUGCUUGAUUCCACUGAAUGUAUCCGAAUGCUUGUGGUGAAAGUUUGUUUCUAA